UCUUAUUAAAUAGUUCGGCGUAGGUACUACAGUACUACAUAGUUGUGUUGAAUCGUAAUAAUAUGCUUUGAAACAAGCAACACAAAUUUGUUGAAUUAUAUUCGUAGUGAUGUAUACUGCAUACAGGAAAGUCAAUAAGCAAAAUCCUAGAGAAACUGCAAACUUACUUUCGUUUUUAACUUUUGGAUAUACCAUAGGGUUAUUCAAGAAAGGCUAUAGACGGGGCUUAGAUGAGUCUGAUAUAUACGAAAUCCCCCAGAAUUGUGAAUCAAAACGUUGUGGUGACAAAACAGAAAAGUCAUGGGAUACGUCAAAAACAAUGCUACAAUUGUUAUGGAGAAGAUUUGGUAAACUGUUCUUAAUUUAUACAACAAUUCAUACAACAUGGACUACUAUUAAUAGUUCUCUACGUCCAUAUGCUAUGAGUAAAUUCGUCUCUUGUUUUGAUAAAAAUCAAUCGACACUAACCAAGAGUGAUGCUUUUUAUUAUGGAGGAAUAGUAAUAUUCUUAUCAUUGUUGAGAUGCCUGUGGGUCCACAAUUACUACAUGCUGGAAUGUAUUUUAAGUCUACAAAUAAAAGCUUCUAUUUCUUCACUAAUAUACAGAAAAAUCUUAAAACUAUCCCCCAACCAAAUCAGCGGUACCAAUAUGGGAAACGUGGUAACUAUACUUACUAAAGAUGUGAGGGCGCUAUUGGGUAGCAUGUGGCCAUUAAGCGAUUUAUUUAUCGGAAGUUUUCAAAUUAUAGUUUCAUGUAUUUUUCUGUAUGUGAGAAUGGGAAACGUAUCAUUAAUAGGUGUAGCUGUUUUAUUAGUUACCAUUACAAUUCAAGUUUUAGUUGCUAAAGCUGUGAUGAAAAUGCGUUUAAAAGUAGGCAAGAUGGCGGAUAAACGGUUGGAACUAACAAGAGAAGCGUUGUCUUCUUUAAAGGUGAUCAAAAUGUAUACUUGGGAAAACUUUUUCCACAACAGAAUAUGCACGGCAAGACUGUCGGAAAUGGGUGCAACGUUGAAAGCAUGGUACUAUUUGAUGAUUGUAUUAAAUAUUGGUUCUUUAGUUUCUAAAAUGUCAUUUCCAAUUCUGAUAAUGUGUUACAUCCGAUUUGGUUAUACGAUAAAUACGGAAUUUCUAUUUUAUAUUAUGGGUUUAUAUAAGGAUAUCGGCCAUAUCGUUGGAGGAAUCAUACCAAAUUGUUCAUGUUCAAGUGCUGAGUUUUUUGCGUCAGUUAAAAGAAUAGAAAACCUUCUUAAUGCCGAUGAGCUUGAUAAAGGACAGCAGAAUCAAACAGAAACACCAUAUCUAACAAAAUUUAAAAAUAAGAGUAUACCAACUCAGAUUGAACUAAAAAAUGUAUCUGCCAAAAUAGGAAAAGAAAAGAUAUUGAAAGAUGUUACAUUAAAUAUAACCGAACCUGGACUGUAUAUUGUAAUAGGACCUCUUGGUUCGGGAAAAUCUACGCUGUUAAAAGUUCUUUUACAAGACAUUACGGAAAUAUAUGGUUCCAUUGAUGUAAAAGGAAGAAUUUCUUUCGCCUCGCAGGAACCAUGGCUGUUUCCAGCUACGAUAAAGAGGAACAUUAUUUUUGGAGAGGAUUUUGACAGGACAAAGUACAACGAGGUUAUUGAAGUUUGUUGUUUGAAACAUGAUUUUCAAACUCUGGUUGAUAUGGACAACACAGUUGUAACUGAUGGUGGUUUGAACCUCAGUAGAGGCCAGCAAGCAAGAAUAAAUCUAGCAAGAGCAAUUUACAGAGAUAGCGACAUCUACCUGCUCGACGACCCUUUAGCGGGCCUAGACGUUCGAGUACAGGAAGCCAUUAUCAGCAAUUGUCUGAAAAACUUUCUUAAGAACAAGAUCGUUAUCUUCGUGACCAACAACCUCGAUCACUUAAAAUAUGCAAAGGAAAUAAUUAUCAUUGAUAGGGGUGAAGUUAAAAUCAAAUCAGCAACUGAUGAAGUACCGGUGGAGAUUAUUACUAAAACUAACUUUUUGGAAGAAAACCGCGUUCACAAUAACGAUGUUUCUCUCCAUGAAAUUUCUAGAAAUAUCUAUCACGAGGAGAAACAGAUGGGGCAUGUGGAUUUUACGCAUUAUGUGAAGUAUAUCAAGUUUGGUGGUGGAGUAGUAAUGUUUACUUUUAUUUUUGGAAUUUUUGUCAGCGCCCAGUUCACAGAGAGCUACUCCGAGAAACUUCUUUCUAAAUGGGUAGAUCAUCAACAUGAUUCAUUAAAUAAUUCUUCAACAAAUACCACAGUACUUAUUGAUGAAGAGAAGAAGUCAGCACAAUCUGUCUUUAAUCUUUAUAUGAUCAUGAUAGGACUAUCAACUGGUCUAGAUUUGAUUAAAGCUUGUGCCUUCCUGACAUACUGUAGGAAUGCUUCUAUAAAGUUUCAUAAAACGCUGUGUCACAGUAUUAUGAAUUGUGUCAUAACAUUUCUGGAUAAUCAUUUUAUAGGAAAUAUACUAAACAGAUUUUCCUACGACUUGGAUUUGAUUGACGAACUAUUUCCAUUUUUGUUUAUGGAAAUAAUCAAGAAUAGUCUUGCUGUAGCUGGAGUACUCGUCUUGGUUAUUAGUGUAAACAAGAUCUUUUUAUUUAUAUCUAUUUUUAUGAUUGUACUCUUGGUAUUAUUGAGGACUUUCUACAUCCCUGCAGCCAGAGCAUUGACAAGAUUAUCUGCUUUAACAAGAAGUCCACUAAUCGGGCACAUAAACGCAUCAUUGGAAGGUUUGUCCACCGUCCGAGCAUUUGAAGCACAGCCCUUGCUGAAAGACGAAUUCGAUAAGCAUCAGAACGUGGCCCUUUCAUCCGCAUACAUGGAAACGACAGCAGCGAGAGCAUUUGGGUAUGCCCUUGACUCUACUGGCGCAUUAUUCCUUGUUAUGGUUAUUCUUGCCUUUUUGUUUAUGGAUACAGAUAACACAGUUGGGAACGUAGGUUUGGCAGUAACUCAAGUUUUUCAAUUAACCAACAGCUUCCAGUGGUCUAUCCAGCUCUGGGCCGAACUGGAACAAUGCAUGACGUCAGUGGAAAGAGUGAUGGAAUAUACAAACAUCGAGCAAGAAGACAAGGAGGGCAAAACGCCAAAACAGUGGAUGAAAACAGGAAAGAUUGAGUACAGAGAUGUCAAUUUGUCGUACAAUAUCGAAGAAAAAGUACUGAAAAAUAUUAAUUUUGUUAUUAAUCCUAACGAGAAAAUUGGAAUUGUUGGUAGGACAGGUGCUGGAAAAUCAUCCAUAAUAUCUACAUUGUUUAGACUAUAUCACUAUCAAGGUUAUAUAUUUAUCGAUAACGUUGAUAUAUCCAGUUUAUCUUUACAACAUUUGAGAAAACAUAUUUCAAUAAUACCUCAAUAUUCUCUAACAUUUGAGGGAACUGUUCGUGCAAACUUAGACCCAUGUGAUAUAUAUUCAGAUAAAGAAAUUUGGGAUGUUUUAGAUAAAAUAACACUAACCAAACAUAUUCCAAACUUAGAUAUAAAUUUGACUGAAUUAAAAUUAAGUACCGGUCAAGAACAUCUAAUUUGUUUAGGUAGGGCGUUUUUAAGUAAAAAUAAAAUUAUUGUUUUUGACGAGCCCACAGCCAGCUUGGACAGUAGCAUGAGUGAUUUAGUACAAAACUUAAUUAACAUAUACUUUGCAAACUGCACGAUUAUUACAAUAGCUCACAGGUUAGAGUCUAUUCUACAAUGUGACAGAGUGAUGGUUCUAGAUGAUGGAUGUAUUGCUGAGUUUGACAGUCCUCAGAAAUUGCUGGAAAAUGAAAAUGGAUUGUUUAAAAGUAUGAUAGAAGUUACACGAGUUAAGAUAUAAGUGUUAUGUAUACAGAGUGUUUAAAAAAACAUGCGCCAUCACUCGUUGGGAGAUUUCUUACUUAAAAAUAAGAUUUAUUUUUC